AAAUCAGAUACAGUAGGAGUAUAAAAAAAACCCAGCUGAAUUAGAGACCUCUUACCUGUUUUUCAUUCAUAUUUCAAGAACUUUCCGUUUGGCAUUGAUUCAGGUCACAAAGAGCAUUCUUCUUCAAUCCAUCACCCAAAAUUGUAUGGGGGCAUCUUGUUCAUGUCCACUUAGUUUCUUCUUUGAUUUGGAGAAUGGAUUUGAAUCAGUGCUUAAGAAUUCUUCCAAAUUAGAGAGUGAUGAGAGGAACACACCGGUUCGAUCUUCGAGCUUCAAUGGGAAGCUCUUGAGAGAAGGAUCUCUCAGGUUUCGAGCCAAGAAAACUCAAACCAUGAGAUUCAUUGAGGCUCAAGUCGAUGAUCAAGAAUCGGUUGCCUUAUUGUCUAGAUCGGGGAACACCAUGCCACAGCCACAUUCACCGAUCCUGGAUCCGAGCAGCCCCAAACACGAGGCUGCUAUAAAGUUGCAGAAGGUCUACAAGAGCUUCCGGACAAGGCGAAAGCUUGCUGAUUGUGCUGUUCUAAUUGAGCAGAGCUGGUGGAAGGUGUUGGAUUUUGCAGAGCUCAAGAGGAGCUCCAUUUCGUUCUUCGACAUUGAGAAGCACGAGACAGCAAUCUCUCGUUGGUCGAGAGCAAGAACAAGGGCUGCCAAGGUUGGAAAAGGCUUGUCACAGAAUAGCAAAGCUCAGAAACUCGCGUUGCAGCACUGGCUCGAAGCUAUUGAUCCACGACACCGUUAUGGACACAAUCUACAUUUUUAUUACUUGAAUUGGCUGGAUUCUCAAAGCAAAGAGCCCUUCUUCUACUGGCUGGAUAUAGGAGAGGGGAAGGAAGUUAACCUCACGGAGAAGUGCCCUCGUUCUAAGCUUCAACACCAGUGCAUCAAGUACCUUGGACCGAGGGAGAGAGAGGCUUACGAAGUUGCAGUGGAAGACGGGAAGCUCUUGUACAAGAAAACAGGGAAGCUUCUUGACACCAUAGACGAACCAAAGGGUUGCAAGUGGAUAUUUGUCCUUAGCACGUCCAGGACCUUAUACGUCUCGCAAAAAAAGAAAGGCUCGUUUCAGCACUCUAGCUUCUUGGCCGGAGGAGCCACGCUGGCUGCUGGGAGGAUCGUAGCUGAAAAAGGCGUCUUAAAGGCGGUCUGGCCUCACAGUGGGCAUUACCGGCCUACAGCCGAGAAUUUUCAAGAUUUCGUAUCAUUUCUCAAGGAUAACAAUGUGGAUCUUGACAAAGUUGAUGUAGAACCAAAACAACCUGCCUUAUUCUUCUAUCAAUUUGAAGAUUAUUUAUGUGAUUUAAGAAGUUUUGUGCUCAAUAGUUUUUCUCUGCAUUGUUUACAGUUCGAUUCUGUUGAUGACGAGGAUAAAGAUUCAGUUGGGAAGCACAUGAGAAACAUCUCCUCCGGAGACGACUUGACUGAAAGAGAGCAGCUGGAGAUGAAAGAACACAUUGUCAAAUACAAUGUUAACUCGUCCGAGCUACAUAGUAACCUCACUCUCCAGAUACCGAGUAGAGAUUUCUUAUUAGAAAGGCUAAACAUUGAAGUGAAAACAGCUUCAUCCCCAACCAGAAGCUUUAUCCUAGCAGAGGAGCCUCUUGCUCCAAAAUCAGGCAACGGCGUGGAACAGAUCAACAUCUCCGAGGAAAAAGAAGAAGACACGAAAGAGGAGACAAUCAUGGAGGAAUCCAUACUCCAACGAAUCAACUCACACAAGGGAACAAUGUCCUACCAAUUGGGGAAGCAACUGUCUUGCAAGUGGAGCACGGGAGCUGGACCUCGGAUUGGCUGCUUGAGAGACUAUCCACCGGGGCUCCAGACUCACGCGUUGGAGCAAGUAAAUCUAUCUCCACGAAGCAAACGCCGCCUGAGAAUCGACUUCCCUUCUCGCGCAUGAACGCCAUCCGGGAGCAACCUUUCUCGCGUGAGCAGCUGCAGCAUUGGAUGCAGUUCUAUCCUAUAAAGGCACAAGUAUUUUUUAGCAACUAGUGAAACAGGUUCAAUUCUUUCAUUCUUUUAUGAUUCUACUACUAAGGUAUAUUAUUCAGUUGUUCAUUUACAAUGUUACAAACAGUAACAUAUUUUUUGUUCUUUCCAUCCCAAAAAAUGGGGUGGACACUGUAAAAUUUUGCGGGGUUUCGUAUAAAUCACAAUUCCCUUGAAAUUCAGUAUGAAAAA